GUUCCAAACCACGUGGACACACCGGGGGCUGCAGGGUUGCGGGACAGAGUUAGAGCCACCACUGCCGCUGUUUGCCGUCACCACAGGGGCCGCGACCUCGGCGCCGGCCCGAAGCCGCCGCUCCACGGCCGCUCGGUCUUCUGCGGAGGGCGCGCACAUGGCGACCCAGGCGCACUCCCUCAGCUACGCGGGCUGCAACUACUUGCGCCAGCGUUUGGUUCUCUCUACUCUGAGUGGGCGCCCUGUCAAGAUUCGAAAGAUUCGGGCCAGAGACGACAACCCGGGCCUUCGAGAUUUUGAAGCCAGCUUCAUAAGGCUGUUGGACAAAAUAACUAAUGGUUCUCGAAUUGAAAUCAACCAAACAGGAACGACCUUAUAUUAUCAGCCUGGCCUUCUGUAUGGUGGAUCUGUGGAACAUGACUGUAGUGUCCUUCGCAGCAUUGGAUAUUACUUGGAGAGUCUCCUUUGCCUGGCUCCAUUUAUGAAGCACCCAUUAAAAAUAGUUCUGCGAGGAGUGACCAAUGACCAGGUUGACCCUUCGGUUGAUGUUCUUAAGGCAACAGCCCUCCCUCUCUUGAAACAGUUUGGGAUUGAUGGUGAAUCAUUUGAGCUGAAGGUUGUACGACGGGGAAUGCCCCCAGGAGGAGGCGGAGAAGUGUUUUUCUCGUGUCCUGUGAGGAAGGCCCUGAAGCCCAUUCAGCUCACAGAUCCAGGGAAAAUCAAACGUAUCCGAGGAAUGGCGUACUCCGUUCGUGUAUCACCUCAGAUGGCGAAUCGGAUUGUGGAUUCUGCGAGGAGCAUCCUCAACAAGUUCAUACCUGAUAUCUAUAUUUACACAGACCACAUGAAAGGAGUUAACUCUGGGAAGUCUCCAGGCUUUGGGCUGUCCCUUGUUGCUGAGACCACCAAUGGUACCUUCCUCAGUGCCGAGCUGGCCUCCAGCCCUCAGGGUCAGGGGGUAGCAGUGCUUCCAGAGGACCUUGGCAGGAACUGUGCCCAGCUGCUGCUCGAAGAAAUCUACAGGGGAGGAUGUGUGGAUUCGACCAACCAGAGCCUGGCUCUCUUGCUCAUGACCUUGGGUCAGCAGGAUGUUUCCAAAGUCCUGCUAGGACCGCUGUCUCCUUACACGAUAGAAUUUUUGCGGCAUUUGAAGAGCUUUUUCCAGAUAAUGUUUAAAAUUGAAACCAAACCAUGUGGUGAGGAACUCAAGGGUGGGGAUAAAGUGCUUUUGACCUGUGUUGGCAUUGGUUUUUCCAACCUCAGCAAGAGUCUCAAGUGAUAAUGUCACAAGAUAAGUCCCCAGCGCCUGCAGACAAAGCAGAGAUGUGAAGGACGCCAAAGGGAUCAAGUUCAAAUGCCUUCAUCCAGAACAGGAUAGCCUCUUAUAUUAAGCACUUUCCUAAUUUUCCAUUAAAAAAAACCAAAACAUAAAAAUAAAAUACAUUUCUAUCA